AGCGAGUAGUUUCAAUGAAAAAAGACCAAUUGAAGGAGAGAUACGUCGACCAAAGCAAUAGCCGAUUCGCAGGUAUGAAAUGAACCUGAAGCAAUGUUAUCUGCAAUCAGAGGCCACCUGGGGAUCGACCUGGAAGGAGGCACAGAACCUGAGAAUUUUGAGUGGGCUUCCCAUCAAAAUCUGGAGUUUAGGAUGGAGAUGUUACGGCAGAGCGAGGAACAUGAGCACGAGAUUUGUUGGGGGAAUUGGCCUUUUAAGGAUGACGAGGAUAAUUCCUUGCCUCCUCAUCUUGACUGAUGUUGGUUCCUUCCUUGACUCUCUUUCCGGGUUUAUCCUCUAAGCUCCUGCCACCACAUCCCAAAGACUCGUCGAGAACUUACGGACACUCACACCGCCGAUUUGCGGACUUGCAUCCGCCUAAUGUACCCAGAGCGCUCCUUGCUUAGAUGGGGCAAUUAGCAGAGAAAGUCGAGAAUUCGUUUCCGCUGCUGUCGACCCUGGAGG